CAGGCAUGACUGGAGAUGGCAGCCACUGCACGAAGGUAGAGCCGACGUCUUGCCAACCAAAUCCCUGUUAUCCAGGAAUACAGUGUCAGGAGUACAGAGACACGGUUAGAUGUGGUCCCUGUCCAACCGGGAUGACAGGAGAUGGAUUCCAUUGUUCCAGAAUACGUCAGGCACCGUGCCAACCGAAUUCCUGUUACCCAGGCGUGCAAUGUGUGGAGGAUAACGAUUUGGCCAGUUGCGGUCCAUGCCCAGUAGGCAUGACUGGAGAUGGAACGCACUGCACAAAAAUUGAGCCGACGUCUUGCCAACCAAAUCCCUGUUAUCCAGGAAUACAGUGUCAGGAAUACAGAGGUACUGUCAGAUGUGGUCCGUGUCCAACAGGGAUGACGGGUGAUGGAUUCCACUGCACCCAACUCCUUACAAGGACAUGCGAGCCAAAUCCUUGCUACAUGGGGGUGCAGUGUGAGAUGCAUCGCGGCACGACCCGGUGCGGACCUUGCCCCGAACAGAUGACAGGAGACGGAUUGCAUUGCACAUGGGCUGGACCCCAUCCCUGUGAUCCGAACCCUUGCCACAUAGGCGUGGACUGUGCAGUUAAAGGAGGAACCUAUAGUUGUGGCCUGUGCCCAGAAGGGAUGGUUGGUGAUGGUGUAUAUUGUAUGAGGACGUCCCCAUGCAAUCCAAGUCCUUGCUUCCCGGGAGUAGUGUGCCAAGUGAGAGGGGAUAGCUUCUACUGUGGGCCAUGCCCCAGAGGAAUGAGUGGUGAUGGAAUCAGUUGCUCCAAUGCCUCCCCAUGUAAUCCAAGCCCCUGCUUUCCCGGAGUAAUGUGUCAAGCGAGAGGGGAAACCCACCAGUGUGGGCCAUGCCCUGAUGGAAUGGUUGGGGAUGGUGUUAACUGCAAGAACUCACCUUGCGACCCUAACCCAUGCUUCUCUGGGGUAGAGUGUCAGGAGAGAGGGCAUGAAUACCGCUGUGGCCCAUGUCCUGGAGGAUAUACUGGUGAUGGCAGACAUUGUGAGCAGUUGAUCCGGCGACAUGGUUGCCAGUCCUCACCAUGCUACGAAGGGGUGAGAUGCUACGACACUGAGACUGGUUAUCAGUGCGGUCCAUGCCCCAGCGGUAUGACGGGUGAUGGUGCACACUGCACGCUGCUUGUGCUCGGCAUCUCGCCCUGCAAUCCUAAUCCAUGCUUUGCGGGAGUUGCAUGCUCUGAGAGGGAGGAGGGUUUCCAAUGCGGUGCAUGCCCCGAAGGGUUUACGGGCGACGGAGCAGUCUGUACGGACCUAGACGAGUGUCGCUAUGGUCGCCCCUGUGAUCAGCUUUCUCAGUGCAUCAACACUGUACCUGGAUUCCACUGCAGUCCUUGCCCUCCUGGUUACCAGGGCAACACCGUGCGCGGAGUUGGUAUCCAGGCAGCAAGGCUUAAUCGCCAGAAAUGUCUUGACAUCAAUGAAUGUGAGGGAAUGUCACAAGAGGGCGUUGGGUGUGUUCCAAGCUCAGCGUGCAUCAACACUGAGGGCUCGUACCGUUGUGGAGACUGCGUGGAUGGGUACUCUGGUAACCAGACGUACGGCUGCCACCAGACAGAGCUAGUGACAUGUCCAGACAGCGUGACCGUGUGUGGGAUGAAUGCACGCUGCUAUCAGGUGGUGGUUGGGACCAGCCAGUACACGUGCGAGUGCAAGGUCGGGUAUGCUGGAAAUGGAGUGAAAUGUGGCCUCGACACAGAUCUGGAUGGAUACCCGGACGAGGAACAGCCAUGCGAGGAACGGAAAUGUAGAAAGGACAACUGCCCACGUAUCGCCAACAGCGGUCAGGAGAAUGUGGACGGCGACGACAUGGGCGACGCCUGUGAUCCAGACAUGGACGAUGAUGGCAUCCUUAACACCCCGGAUAACUGCCCCCAUGUACCAAACGCGGGUCAGGAAGAUUCCGAAUUCGAGCCUGACAAACGAGGUGACGUGUGCGACAACUGCCCCCUGGUGCCGAAUGCUAGCCAGCAGGACACCGAUGGUGAUGGGAAGGGAGAUGAGUGUGACGAAGAUAUGGAUAACGAUGGUAUACUGAACGAAGUGGACAACUGCCCGUACGUGCCUAACGUUGAACAGACAGACCAGGACAAGGAUGGCAUCGGCGAUGCGUGUGACAACUGUAAUUUUGUGGCGAAUCCCGACCAGAAGGACAGUGAUAGCGACUUUGUUGGAGAUGUCUGCGACACUGGUGACGACAAUGACGGGGAUGGGAUUCAGAACAACCUGGAUAAUUGCCGAAUGGUGCCUAAUGCCAACCAGCUGGACACUGACGCAGACGGCAUUGGAGAUGCGUGCGACAAUGAUGACGAUAAUGAUGGCAUCCGCGAUCGCAGAGACAACUGCCCCCUAGUGGAAAACCCGGGUCAGGAGGACGCUGAUGGAGACGGCAUUGGAGACGCAUGCCAGAAUGAUAACGAUGCCGAUGACGUCAUUGACACGUAUGAUGUCUGUCCUGACAACAAAGAGAUUCACACCACAGACUUCCGCACCUUCCAAACUGUUGUGUUGGAUCCAGAGGGGGAGUCACAAAUUGACCCCCACUGGGUGAUCCUUAACCAAACUGCAAAUAAAGCCAUAGUAAAGAGAGGGGAUCAUGAGAUGCACUUUGGCACACUCAGUUUAGACCUGCUGAACCCUGCCCACCGACAAGCAACAAGCAAUGUUCACUCAGCAUGA